GGGCAGGGUCUUGCGCGGAGCCGGGCCGGGGCCGCCGCCGCCCGAGGUCUCGCCAUUCGGCCGGCGAUGGGGGAGGCCGGGCCGGGGCCCAGUGAGGCGCCGCAGCCCGAGGAGGACGAGGCGGAGGCGGCGGCGGCGCCGGGCGGCGCGCGCGGGGGCCGGGCCGGGCCCCGCGGCGGCAUCCGAGUGCUGAAGAGGAACGUGAAGCGCAAUGGGAGCAGAAGCUGCUUGGACAGGAGUCGAGUUGGUUCCCGUGAGAGGGACUGGCUGAAAGAGGACGCUGGACGAGGCUGUGUAUAUAUCUAUGGAGGAGAUUCUGCAGUUGCUGCUUCUUCUGACUUGCACUUGGUCCUUUGUACAGUGGACACCCCAGUAUCUGAGAUAUGUGAUGGAGAAGAGAGGGAAAACCUCUUUCUGCAGCUUCAUGGAGACCUGGUCAGGAGACUGGAGCCCACAGAAAAACCCCUUCAGAUUGUAUAUGACUACUUGUCUGGUUUGGGUUUUGAGGAUCCUGCCAGAAUGCAGGAAGAAGCAGCAAACUCUGAUCUCAGCUGUAUGAUUCGCUUUUACAGUGAAAAGCCAUGCCAAGUGGAACAGUUAGAUCGCAUCCUGCUCUCUGGAGUCUAUAAUGUGCGCAAAGGAAAGACCCAGCUGCACAAAUGGGCAGAACGCUUGGUAAUUCUCUGUGGUACCUGCCUCAUUGUGUCCUCUCUGAAAGACAGCCACACAGGGAAGAUGCACAUCUUGCCUCUCAUUGGAGGAAAGGUGGAAGAGAUGAAACGUCGCCAGUAUACACUUGCUUUUACAUCUGCUGGAGCCCAAGCACAAACAUACCAUGUUUCCUUUGAAACACUAGCAGAAUGUCAGCGGUGGCACCGACAAGCAUCCAUGGUUGCAUCUCUGCGACUUAGCAUGGUUGAUCUUUCAUGCUACAGCCUUGAGGAAGUACCUGAGCACCUCUUCUACAGUCAGGACAUCACCUACCUCAACCUACGACACAAUUUUAUGAGACCAAGUGGAGCAGGGAGUCUUGACUCUCUUUGCAGGUUUUCUCAGUUGAAGAGCCUGAACCUGUCUCAUAAUAGACUGGGAGAGUUUCCUGUAUCACUGUGUGAGAUCUCUACUCUGACAGAGCUCAAUAUUUCCUGUAAUGGACUUCACCACUUGCCAAGCCAGAUUGGCAAACUGUUGAAUCUCCAGACUUUCUUACUUGAUGGGAAUUUUCUCACAUCCUUACCAGAAGAGCUGGGAAGUCUGCAACAGCUUAGUUGCCUUGCACUUUCCUUCAAUAACUUCUGUGAGCUGCCAGCAAUUUGUGAAAAACUCAUUCUAUUGGACAAACUAGCCCUGGCAGGGAACUUGCUGGAGACCUUAGAUCUUGCAGCUCUGAAUCGUAUGAGCCACAUCAAAAGUGUAGAUCUGAGGCUGAACAACCUGAAGAGAGCAGCAGUUGACAGCCUAGAGGGGAAUAAAUCUGUGACCUACAUGGAUUUACGAGACAAUCAAUUGACAGAUCUGGAUCUGAGCUCCUUGAGCAGCCUGGAGCAACUGCACUGUGAACGGAAUAAGCUGAAAGAGUUGACGCUGAGUGGCUUCUCCCUUCGAGCCCUCUAUGCCAACAGCAACUGUCUGAGAGCUGUCAGUGUUUAUCCAGUUCCUGGUCAACUGACAUGUCUGGAACUCUCCCACAAUCAGCUGCAGUGUAUUCCAGACUGGGCCUGUGAAGCAAAGAAACUAGAGAUUUUGGAUGUGAGCUACAACCUCCUUGUGGAGCUCCCGUCAAGGAUCCUCAGCAGCCUGAGCCUUCGGAAAUUGAUGGUGGGGCACAAUUAUCUGCAGACCCUUCCACUUCUGCUGGAACACAUUCCACUGGAGGUGCUGGACCUUCAGCACAACCUGGUGACUACACUCCCUGAGACACUCUUUCUCAAGGCUCUGAACCUCAGGUACCUGAAUGCAUCUGCAAACAGCCUGGAGUCCUUGCCCCCUGCAUGUACAGGGGAGGAGAGUCUGAGCAUGCUGCAGCUGCUUUACUUGACCAAUAAUAACCUCACAGAUCAAUGCAUCCCUGUCUUGGUGGGACACCUAAACCUACGGAUCCUUCAUCUGGCAAACAACAAUCUACAGACCUUCCCUGCAAGCAAACUGAGUAAGCUGGAGCACUUGGAAGAGCUGAAUCUCAGUGGCAACAAACUGAAAACAAUUCCCACAACAGUGGCAAACUGCAAACUACUUCAUACACUCAUUGCACAUUCUAAUGAAAUCAGCAUCUUUCCAGAGAUCCUGCAUUUGCCCCAUAUUCAGUUUGUAGACUUGAGCUGCAAUGAAUUAACUGAAAUCCUGAUCCCUGAGGUACUGCCCAGUGCCUUGCAAGAAUUGGACCUGACCGGAAACACAAACCUGGUGCUAGAACACAAGACAUUGGAUAUCUUCAGUCACAUUACUACACUGAAGAUUGACGCUAAGUCCUCCCUCAUAGCAGACUCAGGACUCACUUCUACCUUCUGGAAUCAUGGGGUAGCUGAGAUGGCAGGCCAAAGAAAUAAGCUGUGUGUGUCGUCCCUGGCCCUGGGGAGCUUUGCAGAGGGGGUGGAGGCUGUGUAUGGCUUGUUUGAUGGUGACAAGAAUGAAGAGUUGCCACGCCUGCUGCAGUGCACCAUGGCCGAUGUGCUCCUGGAGGAGGUACAGCAGUCAGACAUGAUGUUCAUGUCCAACACCUUCUUGGUCUCCCACAGGAAGCUGGGCAUGGCUGGGCAGAAGCUGGGCUCCUCUGCUGUCCUUUGUUAUAUUCGUCAUGAUGUGGCUGAUCCAGCCAGCAACUUUUCUCUAACAGUGGCCAAUGUGGGGACGUGCCAAGCCAUUUUGUGUCGAAGUGGAAAACCACUGCCUCUCUCCAAGGUCUUCAGUCUUGAACAAUGUUCAGAAGAAGCCAAGAGAGUCAAGGAGCAAAAAGCCAUUAUAACAGAGGACAACAAGGUUAAUGGUGUGACUUGCUGUACUCGCAUGCUGGGCUGCACAUACUUGCAUCCCUGGAUCCUGCCCAAGCCGCAUGUCAGUUGCAUUCCACUGACUGUACAAGAUGAGUUGCUACUUCUGGGGAACAAAGCUCUCUGGGAGUACCUUUCUUACACAGAGGCUAUUUCAGCUGUGCGCCAUCUACAUGAUCCGCUAGCUGCCGCAAAGAAACUCUGCACUUUAGCCCAAAGCUAUGGUUGCCAAGACAACUUAGGUGCAAUGGUGGUGUGCCUGAACAUUAGUGAGGACAGCUGCACUUGCGAGAUGCAUGGACUCACUCUGCCAGGCUCUGGGGGAUUUAGUUCAGCCACAACCAAACUAGCGACACCUUCCUCUAGCAGUGGAAUUGCUUCAGAGUUCAGCAGUGAACUGUCUGCUUCUGAGGUUAGCAGUGAGGUAGGCUCUACUGCUUCAGAUGAACACAGUGCUGCUGGUCUUGAGGGCAGCUUGCUACCACGACAAGAGCGACGUUGCAGCCUACAUCCUGUACUCCCCUCAAGCAUCUUUCAGCGCCAACCUUCCUGUGCCACAUUCUCUAGUAACCAGUCUGACAAUGGGCUGGAUAGCGAUGAUGAGCAGCCUGUGGAGGGUGUCAUGACGAAUGGCAGUAAAGUGGAAGUGGAGGUGGACAUCCACUGUUGUAAAGGAAAGGGGCUGGAGUUUGAACCCUCUGUUGCAGAAUACAGCUCCUCUGCUGCAGUGCCAGAGGAUGACUCUGAUGGGCUUGUCCUCAUGAUUCAGAGACAGAACAGUGUAAACAGCAACACUGUGCAGGCCGGAGUCAAGGAGAAGUGUGAACUGCAGAAAUCACCUUCCACAUGCUGUCUCUAUGGAAAGAAGCUUUCCAAUGGCUCCAUAGUGCCCUUGGAGGAGAGCCUUGACCUCAUCGAAGUAGCCACAGAGGCACCCAAGAAGAAAACAGGCUAUUUUGCUGCUCCAUCCCAGAUGGAGCCAGAAGAUCAGUUUGUGGUGCCACCUGGUCUGGAGGAGGAAGUGAAGGAACAAAUGAAGCAGCACCAGGAGAAUGGAGCAGAUCAGGAGCAGAAAGAGGAGCCUGCAGCGGCUCUGCCAGAGGAGUUUGAUACAGCUUUGUAACCUUAUAAGUACUGCUCCCACAUUGUCUGUCCCAGGAAGCCCUGUCCCAUAGGGGUUGUCUUGCCCUCCAAGGGGAUCUGGGAUCUGUAAGGAGUACAGGCAUCUGCUGCUUCCUCAGUGGAACAGAGGAAGAUUUGGGAGUGCUAAUGUCUGGGCUGUCCGGUUUUCACUGUAGAGCUUCAGCUAUUCUAUGAGCAUUCAGACCAGCAGCUGAGCUCUGUUAGGGACUGCCUGGAAAUUGUGCAAGUGCUAGGAAGAAGGCAGGUGUUUCAACAUCUACCAAUAACUCCUUUCCCCUGAGGUUCUGCCAGCCCUGCAGGUGAGAGGCUGGCAUCUGUGUAGGUAGUGAGGAGGCUGCUAAGGCGCACAUGCAGUAUUCGGAGUCAUGUGAAUAUUUCUGACCCAGCCCCUUGACAGCACCUAACUUUGUUUUUCCUUGAAAGAAUACAGCUAGUUGCAAUGAGGCUGACCCAAGAGUGGCUUCCUACAUGCAUUGCAAGCACUUUCAUUGAUUGCACUCAGGCUAUUCUCCCCAUCAGCCCAGCACUUUAUUAGGGUCAGAGGAGAGAGCGCUCUGGUGACCCUGUCCACAGCAGAUGUGGGAGGGGCUUUUCUCAGUGAGUAUUAUUAGGGCCCUGGAAAAUUCAGGGUACCAGUGCCCUCCUGAUAAGCACUGGUGCAGGGAAGAAAAAGGGGUUUGAUGGGGACAGCCUAAGCAGGAUGAGGAAAUAUACAGCUGGGUCGUAAGUGGAUGCCUGCUGAUGUUUUAUGUGGAGCACAGGAGAUCAACAGUGGGCUUGUUGAUUGAUGUAAUCUAUAGAGGUAGUGUUCAUAGCUGCAGGGCUCAGACCCAUUCCUGCAGCUUGGCCACCUCCAUCAUCGAUGCAUCACAGUAGAGAAUUCCUAUAUCCAGAAGAUAUGGGAUGAAACCAAGAGCUCCUUCUCAUUUUGGUGAGGUACUCAGUCUACAGGAAGCGUAGAUGUGAGCAGUGGUGCGCUGGUCUAAGGCUAGUGAGCAGUUGGGCUGCCCCUCAUAUGCUGAGGAAGCAUACAGUGAUCUAUUCCACCAGCAUAAACCUCUUCAGCCACAGCAUCUUUGCUUGCUUCUGAAAGCGGGAGUCAUUUCGCAAAUCCACAGCCACCUGCAUUUUAUGGUACAUGCCCAAACUGGCAGCAAACAAGGUGAAAGCAUACUUGUUUCUGCUUAGUUUUCAAUGCAAAAGGAAAAAUGGAGUUUUUUCACCUUAAGAACAUCUGUAUCAGCACUGGGAAGGAGGUGUUUAAAACAGUUCCACUAAUGGUAAACUGUCUAGUGUCUGCUCAGCAUAUGCACUGUGAUUCCUUUAAGGUUCUUUACACAGGGCAUCAAUUGGCUGCCUAUGUCAUCAUCUUCAGAAAGUGUCGUGAAGAGACCACUGCUGUAGUGUGCAGAUGUCUUCCCAAGCUGGAAGCAGCUGCCCUAGUCACAUCAGUGGUGUAAUAACCCUGAUUGUAACAUGGGCUAGUGCCUUUUCUUCUUCAUUAAUUAUAUUUAUGAAGAAAAACCUGAAAGUUUUUUCUCAAGAGUUCUGAAGGAUUUGAGUUGUGUAUUUUGUUAGAGCGUGGUGCUGUGAAUGCCAAGGUCGCAGGUUCAAUCCCCGUAUGGGCUACGCUGAGGGUUGGACUAGAUGAUCUCCAGAGGUCCCAACCUUACCAUUCUAUGAUUCUAUGAUUUUGGAUGAAAUUCAGGUGUUGCUCAAAAGGAGAUACUGUGUAGACAACUUGUUGGAUUCUCACAACAUAGAUUUUGUGACAUAAUCUAACAGAGUUUCACUCAGAUUUCAGAGCUCCUUGAAUUUUUUUUUUUUCACUAGGAAAAAUGCAUUUUUACCAUGCAGAAGAGAACAGUUUUUUUAAGUGUCUAUUUCAUUUGGAAACAAAGAGAAAAGUUUAUUCCUAGAAUCACAGGAUCAUCAGCAUUUUGAAUCCUCAGGAAUCAACAAAAGGAAAAGAUUUAAAAGCUAAAAAUAAAAAUUCUUUGAGGUUCUCUUUAUAUAAGUAUACAGAAAAGGCUCAUUCCAGUAUGUUUGACAGUUACCUUUAAUUCUUUCACUGGUGAUAAUUUUAUCAAAAAUCUCUGCCCAACCUAUCAGUUUCUGAAACCUGACAACAGGGCUGCAAAACAGCUUCUGUUCAGUGUGAAGCAGAUGCAGAAAUGUGCUCCAUUUUCUGCAUAAGACUGUGACAAACUUUGCACUAGGAGAGUGGCACAUAUUAAUGCGAAUCGGGUCUUUAUUUCUUGCACUGAUGUGGAAAGUCCAGUGGUCCAGAUGCCAGUCUGAACCAGUAGCACUGCAGGAAGUUUGUCAUGAAUGGCUCUAUUCAGCUCAGCGGCAAAAGGACAGGAUUAAGAAAAACAGAAAGCUCCAUCUUGGAGCAUACAAGAUGGUUUAGCUGCUCUUCCUCAUGGGAGUGGCAAAAUGGAGUCCAAGGAAUUUCCACUUAGCCUUUUCUCCAAUGUUGUUUCUGGUUUUGAAACAGAAAGAAGGUUUAGUACAACCAGCUGCUAUUUUCUGUGGGUGUGAGCUGGAAGGACAUGACUUAUUCUCUCAAACACUACAUAGAAUCCACAGCUUCCUCUGGUCUUUCUAUGCUGAUUUAUGAACUGCUUGUCUGAUUCUGGACAGCACAGCCUGAGUGCUCCCCUCUGCUGCCAUUUGUUUUUCUGCUUCCUUAGAUGCAGGAAGCCUCUACCUUGUCUUCCUCACCCUACCUAUUAACACCACCUUAUAUUUCAAGUUCCUUAGGAGCACUGCUGUGUGUGCGAUGAAUAAGAAUAGGCAAGUCUAGUGAUGGAGUCACAGCAAGGGAUAGAAAGUGUUAACCCACUUCCCUUUCUGUUCUUUUCCAGUCUCUUCUCUGAAUUUUGUAUGUGGUUGUUGCACAGAUGCAUCAUCUCCACAGAGCCACAGCACUAAGAAUGUCCCAUUCAUUAAUUAUCAGACUAAAUGAACUUACUGUUGGAGAGGGGUUAUGAGCUUGAGGUCAUCAGACACACUCUUGUCCCUUCUGAGGGUAAUGCCAGGCCUGCCGUGUUGCAGGGAGCACAGGCAGGUUUGGCUAGUGGGUUAGAGUGUAUCCAUCUCUUCAGUAAUGCUGGCCCUGCUGAUGAACAUGCUCACCAAAAACAGGUACUUUGAAAGCACUGACCUGUUUGCUCUAUCCUUUCCAGUACGGCUUCAGCAAAAGGAAUUUUUUGCUGAAUCCAGUCCUCCAGUAAGGAGUGGCUGAUGCCAGAGUAUUAAGGAUAAAGGAUAGCUUCCAAAUUGCUCCCAGCAUGUGGAACAGGCCAGGUGGAGGCAGCACUACAGAUUCCUGGAAUUUGAUUGGACUCCUGAACUAGAUGGGAAGGUGAAGUUUUCAAAGCAGCAGCAAACAUUUCCCUUUCUGGGGGAGAGGCGGCUUUGCAGCCUGCGGUCCUGCUAGUACACAGGACAUUCAGCCACACCUAAGGCCCUUGAACUUCAGGAGCUUUUGCACUCUUUCCUGGAUGGUGAUGGCUUUCACGUCACUUGCCAAAGGGCCUUUUUCAGGCAGUAGGUUCACAUCUUUGGUUUUGUGCGAUCAUUGUCUGCUGUUCUCUUGCCAUCUGAAGACUUGUAGUGUGGUUGUUUCUUUUGUUUUUAUUUUUAAAUAUUAUCUUUUUUAACUUGAUUCACAUGAGCCGGAGCAUGUUAAAGAAAAAUUGCAGCACAUUCUGUUGUUUAUAAAAUAAUCUUUUUAUCCAUGCUUUUUGUUUUAAAAUUGAGACUUUUAUGUAUUCCAUUCUAGCAUGAAGCUAUAAUAAUCCCUUCUUCAUUGUAUAUGGGAGUAGGUUGUUUACUGAAUGCACCUUCAGCACUGUAGCCUGUGUGUAUUGCUUCAGAGAGGCAAAUGGUGUUAAGACUGCUGGAAAACACUAUUCCAUUGAUUCUUUAUUCAGAUGCACAGAACAGUUCAGGAAGGAAGAAUAUUUUUGCAUCAACUUUUCAGCUAACUUAGCAAUAAAGAUUUUUACUUUCAUCUAA